UCGAAAGGGGGAAAGUAAUGGAACAAAUUCUCAAUAUUUGAAUCAAGGAACACGAAAUCAAUCCAAAAGAAAUGGCGGUUCAGGCUGAGCUCGAAUUUCAGUUUCUGGAAUGUGGCUACAAUACCUCUCAUUUCAUUUUGCCGUUGGUCUUCUGUUUGGUUACGGCUUUAUGGAUUCUUAGAAUUCCCCAUCAUACCACUGUUUCUGGUAUACUGGAUUUGUUUUAAUGACGGUAAAAAUGCAUGGGAAUAUCAUUGGAGGAAACAAAUUGACGACCAGUUAAAGUUUUUCUUGUAGUCCUGUUUAGACCCAUUUUUUGACUCGUAUGAUUAUUUACAGGUUUCUGCAAUUUCCCAGAAGUUGUUUUUGGAGGUUGUUGGAUUCUAAUAUUUAUAGGAUUUUCUGUUUUGUGGAAUUGUACUUUGGGGCUAUUGGGUAAUAACUAUCAGGGAGGAUUUAUCCACCCUUUUCUGAAGCCUAUAUGGAUUCCAGCACUUGUGAGUGAGACUGUAUAAUUUUUUAAAGACGAAAAGGCCACCCACGGAGGUCAACGUCAACAACAUGUUUUCAAUGCUAAUAGAAUAUUGGGAUUACGCGUUGAUUGUUGAAUAAUUCUACUGUUGUCUUGGGUAACUCUCUCUAGAGGAUUUUGAGGGCUGAAACUGAAAGAGAGAUGUCGAAUAACUAUGAUAAUUGGGAGAGAUUGGUGGAGGCUGUGAUUCGGAGAGAGCAACUAUGGCAAAUGUUUCAUGAUCAGAGCCCAAGUGACAGCUCCAUAACUUCUGAUAUCAGUUUUAAUUUUCAAGUCCUUGAUGGGCCUUUUGACUUUUCAAGCCCCGGAGGUUCAUCUCAGUAUCAGAAGCUACCUCCACCUGCAAUUAAAAAUUCGCAGAAGAAAGAAAACUAUGUUAAGCAGGAGGUCUCUGGGAUGGUAUUUUUUCAGAAUUUUAGUCCUGUUUUUGACCUUGAAGAUAUGCUGAGGUCUUCUGGAAAGUUUCUAGGGAAGGGAACAUUUGGAAGUGCAUAUAUGUCAUCAAUGGAUAAUGGAAUAACAGUUAUGGUGAAAAGUUUGAAUGAAGUGAAUAUUUCAAAAAAGAAGUUCAGAAACCGCAUGGAGGUUAUUGGAAAUAUAAGACACGACAAUGUUUGUGCAUUGAGGGCUUACUAUUUUUCCAAAUAUGAAAAGCCCAUGGUGUAUGAUCACUACUCGAAUGGCAGUGUAUCUGCAAUGUUACAUGGAAAAACUGGCAAGAAUCGGGAUCCAUUAGACUGGGAAAUGCGACUAAGAAUAGCAGUGGGUGCAGCAAGGGGUAUUGCUCACAUUCACAAGCAAAGUGGUGGGAAGCUUGUUCACGGAAACAUAAAAUCAUCAAAUAUUUUCCUUAAUUCACAAAAGUACGGUUGCGUGUCUGAUCUUGGCUUGGCAAGCAUGAUUCCAUCACCAAUCAUGCGAAAUGCUGGGUACCAUGCCCCAGAAGUAAAAAAUACCCGGAAUGUGUCACAAGCGUCUGACGUCUAUAGCUUUGGAAUUCUGUUGCUUGAACUUCUUACUCGAAAGUCCCCAUUACAUGACAUAGGUGGCGAUGAGGCUGUCGACCUCGUUAAAUUGGUUAAUUCUGUUAAUGGUAAGGAGCAAACUGCUAAUGUGUUUGAUGUGGAGCUUUUGAAAGACCGUAAUGUCGAGGAACAAAUGGUAAAGAUGUUAGAAACAGGGAUGAGUUGUGUUGCAAAAACCCCAAGGAGAAGACCUAAUAUGGCUCAAGUAGUGAAGAUGAUAGAGGAUAUUAGUAUGAUGAAUACAAGAAACGGCCUUCAGCCGAAGCUUGUAUUCAUUGGGGGUCUUAAUCCUGAUUUUGACCUUGAAGAUAUGUUGCGGGCUUCUUUGGAGGUUCUUGGAAGGGGAAUAUUCGGGACUUCAUACAAGGCAACACUGGAAAAUGGGAGUACAAUCGUGGUUAAGCGAUUGAGGGAAGUUAUUGUUACAAGUAUAGAAUUUCAGCAGCAAAUGGAGGUAAUUGGGAGAUUGAGGAAUGAAAGUGUCGCUACAUUAAUGGCAUACUACUUCUCCCGUGCAGAAAAGCUUAUGGUGUAUGAUUAUUAUGGUGCGGGGAGUUUAUCUUCCAUGCUACAUGGAAAAAUUGGUGAGAAUAAAAUUUCUUUAGAUUGGGAUACUCGACUAAGAAUAGCAGGUGGGGCAGCAAGGGGUAUUGCCCACAUCCACACACAAGUUGGCCAGCAUCUUGUACAUGGAAAUGUAAAAGCCUCGAACAUUUUCCUUACUACUCAAGGAUAUGGCUGUGUUUCAGAUGUUGGAUUGGCAACAUUAGUGGGUACAAACUUGGUGCUAGAUAGUCGAUCUUCAGGGUAUCUAGCUCCAGAAGUCACAGACACAGAGAAAUUGUCCCAAGCCUCUGACGUCUACAGCUUUGGAGUUGUGCUUCUAGAACUAUUUACUGGAAAGCCAUCUAUACUGUCUGAAGAUAAGGACAAGGCAAUUCAGCUAGUCAGCUGGGUUACUUCUGUUGUUCAUGAGGAUUGGACUGUCGCAGUGUUUGAUACAGAGUUGUUGAGGUAUCCCAAUAUGGAGGAAGCAAUGGUGAAGUUUUUGCAGAUAGCGUUGCAUUGUGUUAAAAGGGUUCCCGAGCAUAGACCAAAAAUGUCAGAGGUAGUGAGGAUGUUAGAGGAUAUUAGUGGGACGAACUCAGAAGCCUAAUAUUAGCUGAAGAAAGCUCAUUGCCUACUAGCAUUAUUGAUGGCAGAGUUGGGGUUGUCUUCGUCUCUAUAUUGCAUUCUCUUUUAUAGAAUUUUCUUCCAUAUGUAAACUUUCCUGGUUUUCUUUACAUUAAGUGAAUAACUAUCCAAUAUCAGUGGUAAAGAUUUUGCCUCUUGAUGAUAUUAAGUUAAUCUCCAUCUUAAUUUGCUUAAA